CACCGCACACACCGGUCAUGAUCACGUUCACAGUCAGAAGUGGACUCUGUUCUGCACAUCAUUAAUCAGGAACUGGGCAUUGCGAAGGAUGGCCUUGUGCGCACAGACAGUGCCGUUCAAGGUCGACCAGAUUAAACCAGCCUUCGUGGUCAAACGCACUCGGGAGUGUAAGAGAGCGUGCUGAGCGGCAAACACCUUAAUAAGAGAGCCUGGCAGCAUGGCCCAGUCGGACAGCAAGGUACUGGUUCUGAGUGUGCUGGCGGGGGCUGCGGGUGUCAGCCUGGCGGCGCUGUGGUACCGGAGGAGCAGAACUUGCAACACAUCUCCCACGCUGCACCUCAGCAGCAACGCCCAGCACCUUGGUGUGGACUUUGGCGGUGCCGGGGCAGGGCUGGUGUUGGAGGCCCGGCAGGGGGAGGUACUGAAACGCCUGGACACUCUGAUCCAGUGCGUGUCAGACUUGAAGGAAGAGGUGCAUGCCCUGAAAAGGGCCCUCCCACAACUCCAGGACCUGGUGAGGUAUGAGCUUGAGGGGCGCCGCCCUGGCUCUGUGCCCCGGACCCCCCGUCGCAAGAGGGCUGUCGGAGGUGAAAGGGAUGACCGGCGGAGCUCAGAGGAAGGCGAGAGUGAGGGCGGGUACGUGACUGCACAUACAGACACCGAAGAAGAGGGGGGCGAAGAAGAGGAGGAGAGACACACCAGGGGUGGCAGGGACAACCUUGCUGCUCUCCUGGAGAAGGUGGACGCUUUACACAGGGGCACCGACUCUGAGAAGAGGGAGGGCUUCACGUUGUUGGUGAAGAAGAAGGAGGAGUUUGGACAGUCGUCUGAGUUUCUGUGGCGGCUGGCGAGGGCAUACGGCGACUGCCAUGACAUGGCGUUGAGCACUGAAGAAAAGAAGAGUUACGCAGAGGCUGGGAAAAAUGUGGGAAAUGAAGCCAUCGGGGUGAACCCUAUGAGUGCUGCAAGUCACCAGUGGUACGCCAUCCUGUGUGGACUCCUGUCAGAGUACGAGACGGUGCAAAACAAAAUCAAGAACGGCUACCUUUUCAAGAAUCAUCUCGACAAAGCUAUAGAGCUCAACCCUCAGGAUCCCCUCUCCUACUACUUGCUGGGUCGGUGGUGCUAUGCUGUUGCCCAGCUGUCAUGGAUAGAGAGGAAGGUGGCUGCUACCCUCUUUGAAGAACCUCCACAUGCAACGGUGGAGGAUGCUCUGAAGAACUUCCUCAAGGUGGAGGAGAUCCAUCCAAAAUAUUCCAAGUUCAACUAUGUAUUUUUAGCUAAGUGUUACAAGGACCUCGGACAGAGAGGGCCGGCCACUAAAAUGUGCGAUGCAGCUUCCGCCAUGCAGACAGUUUCCAAAGAGGAUGAAGAGGCACAGAAGGAGCUCGAGUCUCUCAUCCCCUGUCUUACUUUUUGAUAACACUGAAGGACACAGACCCCUCUGCAUACAGAAUGUAUCCAGAAAUGAAGCGUUCAUUCCUAUGACCGUGGCCUUCAUUAGGUCAGAUGUUCUAUAUAAUUUUUCGGCUCGUGGGAGGUUACAGUAACCGGUAGCUGCUUGUCACAGGCAUGAAGGACCAGCUGCAACAAUUUCUGUUUCUUUGCAUGAAGAGACUGUGUUUUCGUGCACAAAAACACACGGGGCAUUAUCAUAUUAUCUACGGAAUAAGAAAUUGCACUUUAGUAUUUCUUCGAUAAAUAAAAUUCAACUGGUAACAUCCUACAGCAAUGACUUUUUCCCUCCAUACCCCACGUUGCAUCAUUUCAGUGCAGUGGCCUGUCACACUCUUUGGGUUCUCAUUGAAGGGAUGUAAAAAUGAACUAAAAUUAUACCAGAACUUUAUGGGUUUCCUGAGGGAAUACUGGCUACCGGGCAGCGCGGUAACACAGCGGUCGUGCUUCUAUCUCACACCUGGACUGUUCGGGCCAUAGGUUCAAAUGUGUCUCAGUCUGUCUGGAGUCUGAAUGUCCUCUCCGUGUCUCUCGUGUCUCUCCUCUCUCUCCGUCCCUGUGGGUUUCCUCAGGAUGCUCCGUUUCCUCCCACAGUCCAAAGGCAUGCAGCUCAGGUGAACUGGCAAAACUAAAUUGCCUGCCGCAUGCGAAUUGUGGCCGUGUGUGCGCGCGCGCUCCCAGUGAUUCUGGGACUGGCUCCAGACUGCCACACCCCUAACCCAGGACAAACUCCUGGCUCCGUAGAAAUUUCUAUACCAUAUAGAAAUCCCCAGUGUGUGUGUUUUCCAAAAAGUUCCUUUUAAGCACUUUUUAAAGUUGAUUCUUGAAAAGAGGUUCUAUAUUGAAUGUGGGGAAGCGUAAUCUAAUAUCAUACUUUUUAAAGUGUGUUUUUGGGUGAUCCUGCUUGGUUCCUUUACUUAAAGGUGCCCAAGGUUCUUACACCCUUUCGGCUAUGGUGUGAAAAGCUCGCAGCCAGUACUUUACAGACGUUACCGAAAUUUACGCAUUAUUACGUUAUUGUCUUUUUUCCUUUUUGUUUACUCACUGUGUGUUUUUCCACUCUGCAAGCCACAUUUUGCUUUGAAAAGGGAAGAAGACUACACUGCACCUCAGUGAUGCUGUGCUCAGCAACACUCCGUCCUGUUAUAGCAAUGAGGUCACUUUCCCAGAAGAAUCUGAGGGGAGUUGAAAUAAAAACCCAUGGGACAUAAUAAACUCUGGCAGGACCGAUUGGGUGUCAUGCCGCAGUGUGUUACGAGUGUAUCUUCUCCCUCGGAUUAUUUACGGUGCCACAUAUUAAUAUACUUAGUGCCACAAGUUAGGAAUGAAGAAUCAUCCAGCGCUGAGUAAAGAGAGAAAAAACUGUAGUAAUGCUUAAGUUUCAGAAUUCUCUUUUACACUAAUAUUUUAAAGCCCAUCCCUAAAUUACCAUCUCCAUAAAGAUGCACAGUGUCCUAAAUUUAAUUUGAUCUAAGUGUUAUGGGCUGUAUACUGUAUCUAUAUAUAGAAAACUUCGUAUAUUCGUGUUUCUAGUUUGUUUUCUCACCUUUUAAGAUGGGUGUUCGGUGAAAUAUAGAACUACACUCGCUUCCUUUUUUGGUCUUUGUAUGAUUAUUUGGAUUUUCAUUGGGACGUUUUAAAGGUUUGUUAUAAUAACAUAUCUAGAAUUCUGCAGAAGAACAGUUGUGAAAUUGGUUUCAUUUGGGAAAUGCUUACAGAUUUUACUU